GGAUUAUUCUUAUGAGUAUAAAAUAUUUUCGUUGGAUUGAAAAGCUGUUUCUUCAGAAUUUAAGAUAACCAAUUUUCCUUGCAUCCAUUAGUGGUUUACUGAUUUUAAAGCCUUUUUCCUUUUUUGGUUUUUUAAUCUUAAAAAAACCUACAACCAUGUCGCAGACUAACUGGGAAGCUGAUAAAAUGUUGGAUGUGUAUAUAUAUGAUUAUCUGAUGAAGAGAAAGUUAAAUGCUACUGCAAAGGCAUUUCAAGCUGAAGGGAAAGUAUCGACUGACCCAGUAGCUAUUGAUGCACCUGGUGGAUUUUUAUUUGAAUGGUGGUCUGUAUUUUGGGAUAUCUUCAUUGCGAGGACAAAUGAGAAGCAUUCAGAAGCUGCUGCAUCUUAUAUUGAGACUCAAAUGGUCAAGGCUCGAGAGCUGCAGCAGCAGCAACACUAUCAAAAGCCUCAGCAGACGCAGAUGCAACAGCUCUUAUUGCAGAGGCAUGCUCAGCAACAGCAGCAUCAGCAGCAACAACAACAGCAACAGCGACAGCAACAGCAACAGCCACAACACCAGCAGCAGCAGCAGCAAAGAGAAGGGACUCAGUUGAUAAAUGAUGCUGCCAGUGGGCUUGUUGGUGAACCUCUCAUGAAGGAGAGCAGUGCAAGUGCAAUUGCUGCCACAAGAAAGAUGUAUGACGAGACUUUUAGGUUUCCACGCCAAAGGGAUUCCCUGGAUGAUGCAGCUGCUAAGCAAUUAGGUGAUAAUUUAGGCCAGCUUCUGGAUCCUAAUCAAGCCACAAUGAUGAAAGCAGCCUCAGUGGUUGGCCAGCCUCCUGGGCAAACACUGCAUGGCACACCUGGAAAUAUAUCAGGUAGUCUUCAGCCAAUGCAAAAUCGAGGUCAGCAGAUUUCAGUGCCCACCCAGGAUUCAAGGAGUGAGAUCAAUCCAAUGUUGACUCCUAGAGCUGCUGGUACUGAUGGAUCAUUAAUAGGAGUUCAUGGAUCAAAUCAAGCUGGUGGCAAUUUGACAUUGAAAGGAUGGCCUUUAACGGGACUGGACCAACUUCGAUCUGGGCUUCUCCAGCAGCAGAAAACUUUGAUUCAGACCUCUCAGCCCUUCAGUCAGCUUCAGCUACACCAACAACUUCUUCUUCAAGCACAACAAAACUUGUCAUCUCCAUCAGCAAAUGAUUUUGAAAGUAGAAAAAUGCGAAUGCUUCUGAACAAUCAGAUUAUGGGUCUUGGGAAGGAUGUCCCACUAAAUUCCCUCGGCGAUGUGGUUCCCAAAGUUGGAUCACCUAUGCAAAUUGGUUGUCCUGUGCUGCCUCGUGGAGACUCCGAUAUCUCAGUUAAGCAGCAACAACUGCAUCAAAAUAAUCAACAAUCACAGCAAAUUGGACAGAAUCCACUUUCAAGUCAGCAGUCUCAGAAUUCAAAUCACCAACUCCAGCAGCAAGAUAAAAUGGUUGGUGCCUGCAGUAUGAUGCCUGAUAGUAGCAUAUCAAACACCUUUAAUGGAAAUGACCAGGCUUCAAAAAAUCAAGUCGGCCGAAAGAGGAAGCAGCCAGGGUCGUCAUCAGGUCCAGUCAAUAGCUCGGGAACUGCGAACACCACUGGACCUGCUCCAAGUUCACCUUCCUCACCUUCUACUCACACACCUGGAGAUGCCAUUUCAAUGCCCACAUUGCCUCAUAAUAGUGGUUCCUCUAAGUCUUUGCUCAUGUUUGGCUCUGAUGGCUUGGGUUCCCUUACAUCAGCUUCUAAUCAAUUGGCUGAUAUAGACCGUUUUGUGGAUGAUGGGUCUCUAGAUGAUAAUGUGGAGUCAUUCUUGUCUCAUGAUGAUCCAGAACCUAGAGAUAGAGUUGGUCGGUGCAGUGAUGUCAGCAAAGGCUUAACAUUUAUGGAAGUCCAGCUUAUCCCAGCUAGUACAAGUAAAGUAGAAUGUUGUCACUUCUCAGCAGAUGGGAAGUUGCUUGCUACUGGUGGCCAUGAUAAAAAGGCUGUGCUUUGGUGCACAGAGUCAUUUGCAUUAAAGUCUACUCUUGAAGAACAUUCUCAAUGGAUAACUGAUGUUCGCUUCAGUUCAAGCAUGUCAAGGCUCGCUACCUCUUCAGCUGACGAAACAGUCAGGGUUUGGGAUGCUGAUAAUCCUGCUUACUCGCUCCGUACUUUUGUGGGACAUUCUACAACUGUUACAUCACUUGACUUCCACCCUACCAAAGAUGACCUUAUCUGCUCAUGUGAUAAUAAUAGUGAGAUUCGAUAUUGGAGUAUUAAGAAUGGUAGUUGUGCUGGAGUCUUGAAGGGUGGUGCAACCCAGAUAAGAUUUCAGCCCCGUGUUGGAAGGUUUCUUGCUGCUGCAACUGAUAAUUCUGUAUCCUUACUCGAUGUAGAAGCCCAAGUUUGCAGAGCCAAAUUACAGGGCCAUAAAAGUGUUAUUCAUUCUGUGUGCUGGGAUGCUACCGGUGAGUUUUUGGCAUCUGUAAGUGAUGACUUGGUGAGAGUGUGGACGGUUGGAUCCAGUGGCAAAGGAGAAUGUGUUCAUGAACUGAACCGUACUGGCAACAAAUUUAACACUUGUGUUUUCCAUCCUUCUUACUCUUCCCUGUUGGUCAUUGGCUGUUAUGAGACACUGGAGCUUUGGAACAUGCUUGAGAACAAAAUAAUGACACGACAUGCACACGAGAAUCUAGUGUCGGCUUUGGCAGCAUCAAAUAGCACUCGCAUGGUAGCCUCAGCUAGCCACGACAAGUGUGUGAAGCUCUGGAAAUGAUUUGACUCCCUGCAUUUUAUCCACUCUACUGUUAAAAUGGUAUAGUUCCUUGCACUAAAUAUAUAACAAGGUUUUCUGACAGAUUUUUUUGUACUUAGUUCAUCCCAACUAUUUUGAAGCAGCAAAAAAAAAAUCGUGGUGGUGGUUGGGGGGGUUAGAUUUGUCCACCAAAGAAGAAAAAUGUCAAACCUUAGGCCUAACCGGUCAGCUUUGAGAUAUUAUCUCUUUUGUUAAGGCAAUUUAUGUUGGUUGGAUAAAGAAGAAACAAGGUUUAAGGAUGUGUAGCACUCAUAUAUAUAUAUAUAUAAACAUUAGAAAUUAGAGAGAAUUUUCUUUUAACAUAUACUGAAAUAUUGUUGAAAAUUUGAUGGAUGUUGAAAACUGUAAUAGGCAGGAUUUGAAUUCGACUUA